UCAAAUUUAUUUCAAAACAAUAUUUUAUAAUAUUUAACUUUAAAAUUUUGUUAAAGAGAAAUAUUUUUUUUGGAAGAGAGUAAGGCAAUAAUGGAAUGCAAAGAAUCGGAGGAUGUAGCAUGUGAAAGAGCAGAGGAAGGUGAUAUUAGACGUCUUUUAGAUGAUCUCCAUUUGCAAAUGCUACAUUUAAUAGAGGACCACGAGGUGCUUCAUUUACUGGUUAACAAGCAGUCGGCUAAAGAUCAACUAAUCUUGGCCAGGUCAAGAUUUCACCAGGAACGAAGUUCGUCAAAAGCCCAAUUGCCCAGAGGAAGAUCCUACAAGGCUCUUACUCGAGUUAUCAAAGUAUCGAAUCCCUGGGGAAAAGCCAUGAAGAUCUUCAGACAUCCUGUUGAUCCGAUCAAUGGAUAUAUUCGCCCACUGACGAAUAUAUUCGGCUUUCUUGUGCCAGAAAGCUUGAGAAUGGCAGAUUGGGAUCACAAUCUCGAUCUAGUUGUCGAAUGUGUCAACGUACAAAGGGAUCUGCAAUCCACAAUAACUUCCAUAAAGAAGCUGCAAUGGUUAUUAGAUGAAACUAAGUCUCUAUGAAGCCAACCGGAUGAGCUACAGGUUAUAUAAUUAUCUAGACAAGCGAAGUUUGGAUAAAAAUUUGUCACUGGAAUUUCUUUAUUGACUUUGCUUGUAAUACAUUAUCAUUUACCUACAUCCUGAUUUGGUUUAACUGAGAAAAAGUAUGUUAUAAUAUAACAAUCCCUCGUAUGUUAUUGUGAAUUAUAAUUACAGAUAAUUAUUAUUUUUAU